AGAGGAGGUGGUGUGCAGGAGGGAGAGCGCGCACGAGGUGGCGGAGAGGGAAUGCGAGAAGGGGAGCGCGGCAGAGAGAAGCGGGCGCGCUCCAAGGGGCGGGGGCCGGGAAGGAGGGGGCGCGUAGGAGCGGGGCGCCAAGCAGAGAGGAGCGGGCACGCUGGAGCGGGGUGUGCGCACGAAGGGUCGAGGAAAGGCAUAUGUGCCGGCGCGCAGGCUGCCAGGAUGGAAACUAACUACCUAAAGAGGUGCUUUGGAAAUUGCCUGGCCCAGGCACUGGCAGAGGUGGCGAAGGUUCGGCCCAGUGACCCAAUAGAAUACCUGGCUCACUGGCUUUAUCAUUAUGAGAAAACAGCGAAAGCAAAAGAAAAGAAUAGGGAAGAGAAGAUCCAGCUGCAGGAGGAAUAUGACAGUAGCCUCAAGGAAAUGGAAAUGACAGAAAUGCUGAAACAGGAAGAGUAUCAGAUUCAACAGAACUGUGAAAAGUGUCACAAGGAACUGAAUUCUGAAACUGUUUCCACAAAGAAGACCAUAUUCAUGCAGGAGGACACAAACCCCCUUGAGAAGGAGGCCUUGAAGCAGGAAUUCCUGCCAGGUACUUCCAGUAUGAUUCCAGGAAUGCCUCAACAGGUUUCUCCUUCAGAGUCUGCUGGCUAGAUUGACUGGAACUUCAAAAUGCCAAAAGAAAUAAAUUACAAGGAGGCUUUUCAGCAUGAAGUUGCUCAUGAAAUGCCUCCUGGCUCCAAAUCUCCUUCUUAGGUUACCAGAAGGUAGAUGCUUCUGAUUUACUUCUCUCAAAGCUGGAAGCCAAGUAAAUGCCAGCUAGAACCAAGAUUUAAGGGGCUGUAAAAGGAGAGUUCAGGGACUCUCCAGCCUACUCCUGUUCUGAAAAACCUUUAAUCAUGUGAAUAUUUGAACUAGUUAUAGGAUAAAAUAAACUCAGAAUAUGGAUUUUAAAUAAGUAAACAAA